CACACACACUGUCAUUCUCUCUCUCUCUCUCUGUUGUAAUAUUGUGAGUCAGCCGGUGGCGAGCUGGGGUUUGUUGUUUGUUAUUCAUCCAGCUGUAUGGGGCAACAGUAGUAGUAGCUGUCAGUGACUGAUCUCCUCCACAUGGCCCGUCGUCCCCCCGGCUCUGGCUCCUACACCGUGGUUAUCAUCCCGCUCAGGACCGGUCUCUACAGCCUGGACGCACUACGCUUCUACCUAUGGGUUAAGCAUCUGAAGGACCUAGAGAAGGAGAAGGACGCUCUGUGCUCCGGCCUGGAGAUUCUGGAGAAGGCCCGUCUCUGGUACCUCCAGCAGCUGGAGGAGAACAGAGCCAGGCAGAACAACAUCGAGACCAAAUCUGGAGUCGGCUCAGGCCAGGGAGGUGCAGCAGAGGCCCGGUCUUGCCUCCUCAGGUCUCGUAUCCAGCGGGUGAAUGGCUCUCUGGGUUCUGUGAUGAGUGAGCCCAAUGUCACCACCGGCAGCAACCCUUGUCUGCAUGACCCGGUGGCAGACAGUGACCUCCGGUGGCACAACACAGUACUGACUCAGGAAGUGAGCGACAAGAAUCGUCAGAUCUCCAAGUUAGAGUUGGAAAAAAACACUCUCCUCGAAAAGCUUGAUGAACUGCAAACCCAUUGAUUGCCAGCACACAUGUGUAUAUGCACACACAUACAGGAGGUGAACUGCAAACUUACAUUUCACUUCAUGUCACACAGUUGCUAACUUUAACUGCUUGUAAAUAUAUAUGUAAAUUAAUAAAUGACAGUAAAGGAUGCAUAAUUUGCUUGUAUGAGUUAUUUUCAAUACAAAUCAGUUUUGCCG